GUAAAACUGGUUUUACACUGUCGGUGCACCUAUCCUAAAAUUUAUUGAAACAUUUGAUAUCAAUAUUUACAUCCUUCAAUUGUGAAUAGUUGAUUUUUUCUACGACUCAGAUCAGAUCCGUUUGAGAAGAACGAACACUCUACAGCUCAAAUCAUCACUGAAAAUCCACAGAAAACAAUGUUAAAGGGAAGAUUAUCGUUUUUUGGAGGUGGAGAUUCAGGUUUAUUGGAUAAAAAUUCAUCAAAGAAUGAAGAGAUUGUUCCUACAUUGAAGCUUGAAACUGAUAAACAAGUUUAUAGACCUGGUGAUCCAGUUAUUAUUACAAUUCAGAUCUCUAAUCCUUCAAAUGGGUACUCUUUUUUGAUGGAAAGACUCAGUUUUGAGAUUAGGGGUAUUGAGAAAUUGGAUACUCAAUGGUUUGCUACUCAGAAACCGUUGCCUGGUUCAAGACAAAGAAGAGGUGAACAUGUUUUUGUAGACUCCUCGACACCAAUCUUAGUAGCAAACCAGAUUAUUAAUGCCGGCACAAGCAAAUCAUAUGUUGUGAGAACAAUGUUGCCUAGCAUUAUUCCACCAUCGUACAAGGGUUCAAACAUUCGCUAUUUGUACUAUGUUAAAAGUGCAAUAACUGGAGGGUGGCUAAUUCUGGAAAAUGGGCAAUCUCGCACAGAGCCAACAAACGAUGUUACUGAUUUGGAAGUUCGGAUUCCAUUACAAAUAUGGGUAAACCAGAAAAGCAGUGGUUUUCCACUGGAUGAUGAUAUUGUUCCCUUAACUACUGUACAACUGGAUAUAUUUUGGAAAGAGAUGGAUGGAGAUGCUGAUUGGGUUAGAGCAAAUGAUAUUUAUGAUGGUGUCGAGGACGGUUAUGACAGCUCAAGGGAUGAUAUCUCAUCUGUUUCUUCUUAUAAUCCCAUGAAAGAAAAUAUGGUCAGAGGCUUUGGAAGUUCUCUAUCAUUGCGAUCUUCUUCUGCAAGAUCAUUGAACAGGUUAGAAGGUCACCGUACAAGUUUAUCUUCAAAUAUAGCACUUCCCCGGCUGUCCGUUGCUGAAGUAUUAUCCGACACUGGUGCUGAUGCCCUAUCGACUCAGAAGUCAUUUACCAUGGUCUCCCCAACUGAGCAACAAAAGUUCGGGAAGCAAUUUUCUGCAGAAGAUGACGCAGGAGUCUCCUCUUCACCGGAAGCUGGACCCGUUGAAUCUUUAUCAUCAGAAGGCUUCAUCAGAGGAAGGUCGUAUAACAUCAGACUUGAUGAUCAAGUUUUGCUUAAAUUUUCCCCAAAAAAUUCUGAUUCAACUUAUUACUUCAGCGACAUGAUAGGUGGGACUCUAACCUUCUUUCAUGAGCAAGGAGGUAGGAGAUGCCUUGAGAUCUCCGUAACAUUGGAAACUUCAGAAACUAUAAAUAGACGCUUUGUCCAUCCUUCUAGAAGGAAUUCCCCGACCAUCACAAAGGUUCAGAGUGAUCAUCACGAGGUUGUUGCAGAUUUGGCGCAGACAAGUUUCCUUUUCUCUGUCCCUGUGGAUGGUCCAAUGACCUUCUCCACUCCACAUGUAUCUGUACAAUGGGUUCUCCGCUUCGAGUUUUACACAACUCCCAAAUUCGUGGAUUGGACAAAGUAUGAGCAUCCGCUUCUGAUUGAAGGAAGGGAAAAAACUGAAUGGGUUCUUCCAAUUACUGUACAUGCUCCACCACCUAGAACUCCUACUUCUGGCUCAAGAAAUGAGAAACUUUUCUCUCUGGAUCCUAUGUGGGUGCACACUUGAAGUUCAAAUAAACUGAAGCUAAAAUGUAUGCAGUUCAACAUCGUAGCUGUCUUCGCACACCUCAAACCUCAUCCUUCAUGUACAAAACUAUUUUCGCAUAAUAGCAGCAAGCGAAAUGUCAGAAUGAUUCAUUUGUAGCAUACCAUAUGUUGACUGACCAUGACAUUUUCUAUAUAGGUCUUAGUAUUUCUUCAUGUUUUUGGCUUUUCUUAUUUGCCUUUGUUACUGGGAUGUUUUAUGUCCCGUAGUUCAUGUCAGUUUAUUUUUUGCCCUAUUUUUUUAUAACGUUCAAUUUUUAGUAGAUUUUAUGGAUGUCGUUCAAUUUUUAGUUAUAAAAUCUUUCAAUUAAAGGUCGAAA